CUAUCCUCGGAGGCUGUGUUCGAGCUCAUGUUCGACCUCCAGCGUCUCCUUCCAGCAGUCGACGAGCUCCACAUCGACCUCUCGCUGGUACUGAGCGGGUUUGACAAGGUCAUGAGGGCGAACGAGAGUCUGCGCGAGAGGGUGAGGGAGAUGGAAGAGGCGUCGGGAGAGGAGGAGGAGGCGAGGAGAAGCUUGCAGACGCAGCUGUCCAUGGAGAGGAGCGCAAGGAUAAAGCAAGACCAUAUCGAGUACAUGUCGAGGGAAUGCAGCUUGAACAGCAUGCUGUCGUUGCAGUCGGUGUUGAUCAUCAUGAUCAUCCUCAUCAUCAUCAUGGUGGUCAUGGAGAAGAUCAUCAUCAUCAUCAUCAUCAUCAUCAUCAACAUCAACAACCCCAACAUCAACAACAUCACCAUCAACCAUUAG